AUGGAGGAUGACUUGCUGAUGCAUGAGAUGUGGACGCAUUACAAUAGUGAUGAUGACACAGAGGAUGAUGAUGAAGGAGACAUGAGGAGGUUUUACUUACUCCCUGCUGAAGAUGACCCUUAUAGUUGUUGUCAGUCCAAGAGAUUUAAGAUCAAAGCCAUGUUCAUGUGUGCUAUAUCUAGACCUAUUAAGGACAGUGAAGGGAGGAUGAUACAUGAUGGGAAAUUUGGUACUUUGCCGACAAAAGCAAUUGAAAGUGUUACCCUAGCAGUUAUGAGGGACAUGAUAGUUAAUACUAUCAUACCUGCCAUAAUGAGGAAUUGGCCAGAAGGUGUGUCUAAAGAAAUCUACAUACAACAAGACAAUGCUAGACCUCACAUUCAUGCAUCUGACCCAGAAUUUAUGGCAGCAGCAACUCAAAAUGGAUUCAAUAUUCAACUCAUCAAUCAGCCGGCUCAGUCCCCUGACUUAAAUGUGCUAGACUUAGGGUUUUUUAGAGCAAUUCAAGCACUAAAAUAUCAAUCAUUUCCUAAGAAUCUAGAUGAAUUGAUUUUAAGAGUGCAGGACUGUUAUGAUUUCUUUGACCUAGAAGUAUUGACGUACACUUGGUUGCAAUUACAAUAUGUUAUGGUUGAAAUACUAAAGUGCAAAGGGGGGAACAAUUAUAAGAACCCACACCAUUCAAAAAGAAAGCUAGAGAGACAUGGAUUACUUCCAGAAAAUGUUGAAGUUGACCAAGCACUAAUAGAUGAGGCAGUUGCUUAUUUGAAUGAAAAGUUUGUGAAUGUAGUAGGUGAAGCAUUUGACUACUUAGAUGCACAUCAAGAGUAA